UUGUGUAUAAAACCCCCCGCGGGCCGCGUCUCUGCGCAGGAAACCUCUCCGCUUUGGCACAGGAGGACGCACAGCGGAGACGCAGCUUCUGCUGGGACGGAUAUUAUAGACGCCGCUGCGAGGACAAGGGUUGCAGGUACGAAUCCUGUUCUGUUCCUGAUCUGAAGCCUGAAGACAGAUCUGCGCGUCCUGCGCCGGUGGAAAACUGCGUGAGAAGAUAACAAGAUUUGUUGGAGAUUUUAAACAGAUCAGGUUGGAUCUGCGAGGAUCGGUUUCCAGCUGGCGGCGCAGGUGGAUGCUGGGAGGGAGAUGUUCGCCCUGGCCCAGUUCGGGUCCCAGUUCGGGUCCCAGUUCGGGCUGCUGUCGGCUCUGGCCGCCGCGCUGACGUCGGUUCUGUCCGCGCUGCUGCUGCUGGUUCUGACCCAGCAGCUGUGGAGCCUCCGCUGGACUCUGACCCGGGACCGAACCAGCAACCUGCCGCUGCCGCAGGGCUCCAUGGGCUGGCCGCUGGUCGGGGAGACGUUCCACUGGCUGUUCCAGGGGUCAAACUUCCACAUCUCGCGGCGGGAGCGUCACGGAAACGUGUUUAAGACACACCUGCUGGGGAAGCCGGUGGUUCGGGUCACGGGGCCCGAAAACAUCCGCAAGAUCCUGCUGGGGGAGCACAGCCUGGUCUGCACGCAGUGGCCCCAGAGCACCCGCAUCAUCCUGGGGCCCAACACGCUGGUCAACUCGGGGGGGGCCCUGCACAAGAGCAAGAGGAAGGUCCUGGCGAAGGUGUUCAGCCGCAGCGCCCUGGAGUCCUACCUGCCGCGCCUGCAGGACGUCAUCAAGGCCGAAGUGGCCAAGUGGUGCUCGGACCCGGGCCCCGUGGACGUCUACGCCGCCGCCCGGUCGCUGACCUUCCGCAUCGCGGUGCGGGUCCUGCUGGGCCUGAACCUGGAGGAGGAGCGGAUCGUGUACCUGGCCGGGAUCUUCGAGCAGCUGAUGAACAACCUGUUCUCGCUGCCCAUCGACGCGCCGCUCAGCGGCCUCCGCAAGGGCAUGAAGGCCAGGGAGAUCCUCCACGCCAACAUGGAGAAGAUCAUCCAGGAGAAGAUGGAGCGGCCGCCGACGGAGGAGGACGAGUACCGCGACGCCUUCGACUACAUGCUGUCCAGCGCCAAAGAGCAGGACUACCAACUCAGCAUCCAGGAGCUCAAGGAGACGGCGGUGGAGCUGGUCUUCGCCGCCCACUCCACCACGGCCAGCGCCUCCACCUCUCUGGUCCUGCAGCUGCUGCGCCACCCGGCGGUGGUGGAGCGGGCCCGAGCCGAGCUGGAGGCCGAGGGCCUCGGCCCCGACCCGGACCGGGUCCCCGGCCCGUCCUGCGUCACCGUGGAGACGGAGCGGGACGCCGCGGACCAGGAGACGACCUGCCUGCUGGACGGCGGGAAUCAGACCGGUAGUUUCCCAGAGUCCCAGUCCCACGUACCACACCUGACCCUGGACAAGCUGAGCCGGCUCCGCUACGUCGACUGCGUGGUCAAGGAGGUGCUCCGCGUCCUGCCGCCCGUCUCCGGCGGCUACCGGACGGCUCUGCAGACCUUCGAACUCGACGGUUACCAGAUCCCCAAGGGCUGGAGCGUGAUGUACAGCAUCCGGGACACCCACGAGACGGCGGCGGUCUUCCAGAGUCCGGAGCUGUUCGACCCGGACCGGUUCGGGCCGGAGCGGGAGGAGAACAAGUCAUCCCGGUUCAGCUACGUGCCGUUCGGCGGCGGCGUACGGAGCUGCGUCGGGAAGGAACUGGCCCAGAUCAUCCUCAAAACUCUGGCGGUGGAGCUGGUCGGAACCUGCAAAUGGACCCUGGCCACCGAGAACUUCCCCAAAAUGCAAACGGUGCCCAUCGUUCACCCGGUGAAUGGGCUGCACGUUCGCUUCUCCUACAAACACUCGCUUUAGGGGCACAGUAAGACUGAUUGACUUUCCAAAAACAGUUCAAACCAGGAGGCAGUUUAAGCUUUUCUGCUCCUGGAAAAAAAAAAACAACAACAAUAUUCCAAGCAAAAAAGACACGAGGACCCGGUUCGGACGGUUCAGUUCUGGCCUUCAGACGUGAGGAGGUUUACGUCGAGCACUUCAUCCAUUCUUUAGGUUUGACAGCCUGUGAUGCUCAACUGCAGUUGCUUCGAUCGUUUCCCAGUUUUCAUCUUUUGAAUGAGAAGCAGGCGACAUCCGGGUGUCACUUUUCAGGGUUUCGAGCUGGAUUCAGGACUUGCAGCGCCUACGUUCUUUUAAGACCAACUUCAAGGUGACGAUAAGAGCCAAAAAAGAAGCAUGCGAUGACACCGGUUCCUCUGAAUCGGGGACCGUUUGGUGCCUCCCAUGUCAGCGUAGCUGUAGAGACCCAUGUUUGAGGCGUUGCCAUGGUUACUGCUGUGCUGCUAGCAUGGAUGGCGGAGCAGGGAGGGAACAGGACGGCGGUUGUUUGGAUUUAACCACUGCUCCAUUUCUCAUAUUCAGUUCAAUGAAAUCUUAUACUACUAUAAUAAUAAUUCCAGAAAAGGAAAUUAUGUUGCAGUAACUUUCAUUUUCGUAAGUUUCUUCAAAGAGCCAUCGUAGAUGGUUCCGGCCGUGGGCAGGAAGGAGAAGACGUCUCUGACUGAAGACACUGCUGUCGAAUCAAUAUAUAUCUUGUAAAGAAGAUGCUCAGGGUUGUCCUUUUUUGUUUUCCGUAGCAUUUGUCUUCGUACACUCAUCUCAGAGGCUCCAGAAUGGAGCCAGGUGGGACUCCACAGCCCCUAUUCCCAUUUUACCCAAUCUGAAGAACUUUGUGAGCUACUGUACCAACCGGUUUCAGUCAAGACUCAAACCGGGCAUUUUCUUCUUUAAAUCUUUGAAUUGACCCCAUAAACGACGUAGCUGCAAAUCAUACCCAACGCUAGCUACCACCAGAUACUCGAUUAACACAAGAAAGAGGCGUUAUUAGCCGUGCUCAUUAUAAAAACAACACAUGACCAAUUUUAGACUUAAGGCACAAAUUAAACACUUAAAAAAUCAAUAUAAAUCCCUCAAUAUGGCAAUACCACCUUGAACCACACGGGGGUGUAUGGAUCUGUUACAACACUGUGCUGAGGUUUGAUGGUACGACUUUUUGUAAUACUACUUUGUCCCACUGGAGGUGCACUUUGUUGUACAUUUUCUUGUGAUAUGCUGCCUCCUUGUGGUCAGAAGUGGCAUUGCCUCGUAAAACGACACUUCUUAUCACUUCUUAUCUUUAAGAUAACUUAAAGCUAUUUAAGGAUUUAAGGAAUCCUGCCUUCUGUCUGAACGUCUUCAAAACUGGACGUGUCCUGUGGAUCUGUCCCCGAUGUGGAGAUACUUGAAAUGCAAGGCCAGUUUUAGUCUGUAAAUCUAUGUAAAGAUGAUUUAACAUCAAAGACGGAGUUUGACUCCAAACACAAAAAUCCAACCCUGGAAGUGCUUUUCCCAUUUGUAGUCCUCCGCUGCUCUUAAAACCAGUUUGUAACUGACAGCGUUUGUUGAAAACGCCUGGUUUUUCUUGUUCUUCGGUUCCCACGGCCGCCUCAGUUUACCUCCCGUAACCUGCCCUCUCUCAAGUGCCUUUGAGCAAGGCGCUUAAUGGUUACGAGCUCCGCUGAAGUAAACAAAACGUGAUGUGACGGGUUUUUAUUUGAGCUCGAUUGACAAAAACAUGAAACUCAAGCCAACGUUUGCAUCCGGGUCCCAGUCGGGGGAGGGGGGCAAAUGGACUGAAAACUGGUCCCCGGGACCACAUGGGACCCAGAUUUGGACCAUUUUUGUUGCUUUUGGGGUGACUGGAACUUCGGUCUCGGUCCCCCAUUACCCAGGAUGCCAUUCUUAUCACCCGACUCUGAACCCCAACACGGACAGUCCCCGAUGGGGGGCCCAUUGUUCAGCUGGUUAUUUCUCAGGCGGGCCCCAACGUGGAACUGUCUGCAGGGGGGGGGGGGACUAUUUGAUGGGGACACGAGAGACUGGACGCCGGUUCAACCGCGGAACUCGCACUUUCGUCAGGUUGGUUCCACCAUCAGGAAAUUCAAGAUGCUGUACAUUCAAAGUGUUCUUUUUCUUUUUCACAUGAAUGUUAUAUAGAUCUCUAUCCGUGCUGUUAUGUGUUUAUGAAAUGAAGUAGCGUUAUGAAUAAGCUGUAUUUAAAGAUAAGCAUCAUACCUUAGAGACACUAACCUGUAAUGUAAAAUACCCUUUCCUGCUGCUAGACCUUAGAAACUGUUUAUUGUUUAGAGCAGCAUAAAGUUAUAAUUAUUAUUAUUCUAAUUAUUAUUAUUAUUUUUAUUUUUAUUAUUAUUUUUUACUGUUACUGGUCUAAUUCUAGGACUGUUUGAAUCUUAAAGCCUAAUAAAUGCGCUGUGAAGUCACGUACAGAUGGAUUUAUGGAAGGAGAUAGCACUUUCUCCGCUUUAAGGAGUCUGUAUAUAUUUGUCUUGUUUAUAUGGUUCAGAGUAGCAGAUGUAGCUGCUGUACAGUUGGUUGAAAGAGUAAAAC